AUGCUGGCAGCCAUGUUGGAUCUCACUGGUUCUGACUGGUCGGCUGAGGAGGAGCGUUUGGCGGCAAAGACACCCUGUUCUCGAAGAGAAACAGGAGGAGGUGGGCGUGACUGUGCUCAUAACCACACUGUGACUGAGUUGCCAUGUAGCUCAUUCCAUGAAGGUUUCUGGGCCUUCCUAGACGUAUGUUAUAUUGAAGACGAUAGGUUUGGCGACUCCACGUCUCCGAGUGAUAUGGGGAAACACUUUGCUUGUUCUAGCCAAGGGUUCCCCAAAGAAAAUGAAAUGAUCAAGUUGUAUCUGACCACAGAAAACUUGAAAAUCCAGUGUUUUUUCCAAACUGAAAAUGAGCUAUCUUCAAAGGAUGUGAUAAGUGUGUUCACAUCAGGAGGACUGGCACCCAGCUUGGGAAUCAUAAAUAGUACAUACAAUGGCAUCUUCCACUUUAAUUUAACUUUGUUCAGUGAUCAAGUGCUCUGGUUAAUUGAUAUUCCUAGAGAAAACAUCACAAGAAACACAGAUGUUGCAGCUGUAGAAGAAUGGUUGGUAAGGAUCACUUUACACCAUGGAUUAAAUAUUUACGCCACAGAAGGGACUCUGCUGGACAGUGUUCGAGAACCCAUUCUGCAGUGGAGUCUUGGGACUGUGAUGACGCAAAGCGAGGUCAAUAAAUUAUCUCCACAUGUGGUAGAUCUCAAAGCGGCAAAAUGCCCCUGUGCCAACGAUGUGACAUUACUUGGCUUCAUUUUGAAUACCACAUACAAUGGUGUUUACAUAGGCCUAAGUUUUUCUGGAUUUUGGAAUUAUCAUGAUACCAAAUGGUAUGACAUGACAGAUACUAUCUAUUCCCAGCUUCGAGAAGAACACACAGACCUUACAUUGAUAGAUAUGGUUUUAACCAAUCAUUUUUUAGUUAUCCUUACCUCCUUGGGUCUUUUUGUAAGUGAAGAUCUUCGUUAUCCAACACCCCAACACUUACAGCUUUCAAGGGCAGACUUUUGUGGUUUUGAAAGGGUUGACUAUGUUAAAGGAAAAUUGUGGUACAAUGAAAGAUGUUUUGCUAACAGAGAACACUUUGAAGUGGAUUACGUUACUGUCACCUUCGACAGGAACCGAACCCUCAGUGAGUCAAGUGCCUGUUUUUAUAGUAAAGAACCAUUUCUUGAAUGGCAGCCUUGCUUACCUUACAUUUUAAAAGGAGUGAAAAGCGCCCCUUCAAGUGUCAUAACCUUUCUUGUUGACCAAGAGCGUGACACCGGAGUCUACCUCUUCCAUAACCGGAUCCAGAACAUUGCUACUGCCUCCGUGAACAUCCUAAACAAUAGCAAGCCAAAUCUGCUCCCGAAAUUCCCACUCUUCCAGUUUCCUUCCUCAUUCUCUUCUCCAGUGGGAAUGAUAUUCCAUCCCCGAAGUCACUUUCUGUACGCCUAUGGCAACCAGGUUUGGCUUUCACUGGACGGCGGCAACACUUUCGAGUUAAUAGCUGACUUCCAUGGUGACAUCAUAACGAAGACGUAUCAUAGUUUUUAUACUUCUGAUAUCACUUUUGUCUCCCAGAGCGGAAAGGUGUACUUGACAAAGGCAGGAUUAAGCAAAUACAGUAAGAUUGGAAAUGUUGCCGAUAAAAUCUUCACAUUAUACUAUGACCACUUGGGAUUCAUACAUAAACUGACUCCAGAUCACUUUGAAGCUGGCGGGUCAAUCUCCACCUUAGAAAAUUCUAGAAGUAUUUUUGGACAGGCUCCUGAUAUGGGCUUUGAGACUGCACUAGCUCCCCAGUAUAUCUCCUUAAACGAAAUGCUCUUUUUUGCAUACGUACCUCUGAAUGAGCCUCCGGAAACUGUCCACACCAAGAAAUUCAAGAAUAUCCACUAUGGAAAACUGAUACGCUCCAGGAAAACUGGAACAGCUUACAUAAGAAAGAUAUUGCAACAUGAGAUUCCCAAAGGAUUUUUGUCUUCGGUUAUUACGGAAAUGAUAGAUCCUUUUGGAAUAGAGGAAGUCAAUGAGAGCUCGUGUUUGUCCAGCUCCCUUUACGUUAAUCAGUCUGGAGACUUCUCCUAUAAACUUACUCUUGACCCUCAAAAUGCUAAAGCCUUAUUUCAAAAUACAGAUAUAGAGAAGACAGUGGUGAUUCCUGGUCACAGCAGCUUCCUAAUCACAAGCAUUGUAGAUGAGAAGAACGCUUUAGCUAUCGCUACCAUGCCUAACAGUGUCCCUAACAAUGUGACCUUUCUAAAGGACUCCUGGUUCUUGUACAACUUCGGGCAAAGGAAUGGACGGACAUGGAAUAUAUACUCAAAGCCAUGCAAUUACUGGUUUCAACAAUCUGAUGAUUCGACAUCCCUCAACAUCGUGAAAUAUGUUGACCUGGGAAACUCUCAGAAUUUAGAGGUUAAGAUCAUACCUAAUACAAAAGGGUUGCGCACACUUGAAACACCACUGGUGAAAGUAUUAGUUGGAGAUCCAACUUUGCUAGAAGUUAAAGCCAAAGGCAUUUUUGAUGAUACUGAUAGUUACAUUAUGGAAAUUUCUGUAGUCAGCAGAGCUUUACGUCAGGGUUCAACAUCGCUGGCACUGGUUGUCUGGGAAGCAGCAACAGAAUGCUUUGUUACAACGAUCGUGCCCACAUUGAAAAGCAGCUGCAGUUACCUCCGAGCCAUGCGCCACAUUCCUAGCGAAUCCAUCCCAGUGGAAGACUGGAUCCAAGGAGUCCACAAAGACAGUCAGGGUUUCAACAUGAUCAAAACCCUGCCGGUAAACUACAGGCCCCCAUCUAAUAUGGGAAUUGCUAUUCCACUUACAGAUAAUUUUUAUCACGCAGAUCCUAGCCAACCAAUACCAAGAAAUCUAUUUCACAAGUCAAAGGAAGCUGGUAAAUACAAACAGUGUGCAAACGUGUCCACCCGGGAGGAGUGUAACUGCACAGACGCCCAGAAGUUCUCAUAUGCUGUCGCUUUCUCCGACUGCAGAGAGAAAGUUCCUCGUUUUAAGUUUCCAGUCACACAAUAUCCAGUUUCUUUGAAAAUUUUCAAUGAGUCUGUACUUAUCCCAGUGAAAUCUCCAUAUCUGGUUACUGUGACUGAAGUGAAUUUGAGGAAAAACUGGCAGCUAAAACACUCCGUACCAGUAAAGAUUAAAAAGCUGAAAAACUACUUAGAACCACUUCUGCAUGCUUCAGUAUAUAACCCUUUAGGUCUCAACUUAAGUAUAAAGGGCUCUGAGCUUUUUCACUUCAGAGUAUCCGUUGUCCCAGGGGUCACCUUCUGUGACUUGGUUGAAGAGUUUCAGAUCUACGUGGAUGACGCACCCCUGCCAUUCCCAGGACACACGCUCAUCGCCGUGGCCGCAGCCGUGGUGCUGGGGGGCUUAAUUUUCACAGCAUUUAUGUUUCAACUGCGUGACAUCCACCCGUGGAAUGGGACUGUGAGAACCACGGCCCAUGGUGGAGGCAGGGAGGAGCCCGAGCUGCAGCCGGACGUGAAGGAGGAGCCGGGGGUGGACCAUACAGUUCCAGAUCCGAGACGUUUCUCCUUCCACACCUUGUCCUGCCAGGCAAAAGACCCAGUCAUUGACAAGGUCCCAGUCCUGAGAUUUGAGGUCACCUUCCAGCAGGACGAGUUUAAGCAGAUCUCCAAAGCCAAGAGGCCAACAGGAACUCAACCAAGGGGAAGCGGCGGUUUUCCGGGUCCGCGGACCGUGUGCUACCGGGGCGGGGCCCCUACAGGGGCAGGGCUGCCCGUGCAUGGCCUCCACGGUAGCAUCCUGCCACUGAAUCUAAGGUCGCAUUUUUUAAAACUCACCUUUCCAGAAACGCGAGGACCUGCGGGGCCCGGGAAGAGUGAAACAGGCAGCAGGGAAGGUGCAGUGGCAACCUGGAGGCAGCCCGCCAUCUCCGUGGCCGUGCCUCCUGUGGAUGGAUGGUCACCCCACUGUCGUCCUCCGUGCUCAGCCCGCCAUCUCCGUGGCCGUGCCUCCUGUGGAUGGAUGGUCAGCCCACUGUCGUCCUCCAUGCUCAGCCCGCCAUCUCCGUGGCCGUGCCUCCUGUGGAUGGAUGGUCAGCCCACUGUCCUCCGUGCUCAGCCCGCCAUCUCCGUGGCCGUGCCUCCUGUGGAUGGAUCAUCACCCCACUGUUGUCCUCCGUGCUCAGCCCGCCAUCUCCGUGGCCAUGCCUCCUGUGGAUGGAUGGUCAGCCCACUGUCGUCCUCCAUGCUCAGCCCGCCAUCUCCGUGGCCGUGCCUCCUGUGGAUGGAUGGUCAGCCCACUGUCCUCCGUGCUCAGCCCGCCAUCUCCGUGGCCGUGCCUCCUGUGGAUGGAUCAUCACCCCACUGUUGUCCUCCGUGCUCAGCCCGCCAUCUCCGUGGCCGUGUCUCCUGUGGAUGGAUGGUCACCCCACUGUCGUUCUCCAUGCUCAGCCCGCCAUCUCCACGGCCGUGCCUCCUGUGGAUGGAUCGUCACCCCACUGUCGUCCUCUGUGCUCAGCCCGCCAUCUCCAUGGCCGUGCCUCCUGUGGAUGGAUCAUCACCCACUGUCGUCCUCCAUGCUCAGCCGGCCAUCUCCAUGGCCGUGCCUCCUGUGGAUGGAUCAUCACCCACUGUCGUCCUCCAUGCUCAGCCCGCCAUCUCCGUGGCCGUGCCUCCUGUGGAUGGAUGGUCACCCCACUGUCGUCCUCCAUGCUCAGCCCGCCAUCUCCGUGGCCGUGCCUCCUGUGGAUGGAUCAUCACCCACUGUCGUCCUCCAUGCUCAGCCCGCCAUCUCCGUGGCCGUGCCUCCUGUGGAUGGAUGGUCAGCCCACUGUCGUCCUCCGUGCUCAGCCCGCCAUCUCCGUGGCCGUGCCUCCUGUGGAUGGAUGGUCACCCACUGUCGUCCUCCGUGCUUAGCCUGCCAGCUUUCCCCGCACGUCAGGAGAAGUCAGAAGUCCGGGUUUGUGUGAACCUGCCCCCAUUUCAAGCUGUGCACGCAAACUUAACAAGUCAGUGA